GUCAAUAUUGUUUUCCCUCAAGAAUUAUUAUUCUGUAUCAAAGAAAAUCCAACUGCAACUAGUCAACAUAACGUCAACCUCACCUCCUCUUUAUGUACCCUUCAUUUCUGAUAUCUCAGUUGUAUAGUUAUCUUCUUUCCUUCCCUCCUCCUAAACGAUAAGCCUCAUUCUCCCUCUCUUACAAAAGUAACGAGCUGUUCUCAAGCCAAAUUCAUGGAAAAACAUUACUCCCACAAGGCACUGUUCUCUCUCUAUCUCCUCCUGCUUUUAGAAUUCUCAUCUCUCUCACUUCUCUCAUCUGCUUAUACUCCACGAGAAGAGCACUUCAUCAACUGUGGCUCAGACUCCAACGUCACAGUCAGCGGCCGGAACUUCGUCGCCGACGGCAAUUCCGACUCUCUCACCCUCUCUGCCAUUGGGAGCAGUCGUGUUAAAAGCACCGACACGUCAACACCCAAUUCUCCUCUCUACCAAACUGCAAGAAUUUUCAGUAACCCAUCUUCGUAUGAGUUUCAAAUAGUCCAAACCGGCACUUUCGUGGUACGCCUCCAUUUCUAUGCCUUUUCUUCUCCGAACAAGCUCUCCGAUGCUCGUUUCAACGUUACGGCUUCUGGGUAUUCGCUGCUAUCGAAUUUCAGUGUCCAAAACAGUGGUAAUUACAAUUCACCUGUGAUUAAAGAAUUCUUGCUCUCCAUUAAUGCUGCGAAGUACCCAAUUUACUUCUCACCUUAUCAAAAAUCAUCUUUUGCAUUCGUAAAUGCAAUAGAAAUAUUCGAUGCACCGGGUCAAUUCAUUCCGAAUUUGGCUCCUCAUGUCACUCCUGCUGGAAAUAACGGUAAUUACAGUGGUUUGCUCUUUAAUAUUCUCAAAAUAGUCCAUCGGAUUAAUGUCGGGGGCCUUACCAUCACGCCGGAAAAUAGUAGUACUCUCUGGGGGAAUUGGGUACCCGAUGAUGAUUAUCUUGUUAAUAAGGAUGCUGCAAUAAACAGUAAUCCUCAUAGUGCUACGCCUAAUUAUAAAAGUGAAUUGACAACUCAGUUGAACGGAGUCAUGGCCGCAACUGAAGAUUCAGCCCCUGUUAAUGUCUAUACGACUGCCAAACAGUUAAAGGGAGACGAUAGUAAUAUGUUGAGUUUUUCCAAUAUAACAUGGCGAUUUAAGGUGAGAGAAACUACUACACACCUUGUCCGGGUGCACUUUUGUGAUAUUGUGAGUCCGACCCUCAAUUUUUCGAUAUUCAGUUUCUACAUUUACAGCAAGUUCGGUCUGUUGGUCGAUCCAUACAACACAUUUCCCCAGUUGGCAGUUCCUUUUUACUAUAAUUUUGUGGUUGAUACUGAUGAUUCGGGUUUUUUGAAUGUCAUUAUUGCUCCCCGGAAUGAUUCGAAGAAUCAGGCAGCCUUUCUGAAUGGGGUGGAGAUUAUGGAGCUAAUCAAAGAUGUGGGAUCAGUUCCAACGACAACGAAGCCAACGACGAAACACUGGCUUAUAAUAGUUGGUUCAGUUGUCGGAGGUGUGACUUUGAUCCUCAUAUUGAUAAUGGUAGUCUUGUUUGGUUUGAAAUGCAGGAAAGCAAAGCCCUCUGAGACCUCAGAUUGGCCAGCAGUGCCUGUAUAUGUUGAUGUUGGCAGUUCUUAUAGUAAGAUUAGUCAACAAUCUAGCAGAGGCUCACCUCUUCCAAAUUUGAACCUCGGAUUAAAGGUAAGUUUUGCUGAUUUACUGUAUGCAACAAAUAAUUUUGAUACCAAAUUGAAAAUUGGUGAGGGAGGCUUUGGGAAAGUCUACAAAGGAACUCUUCGGAACCACAUGAGAGUGGCUGUUAAAAGAAGUGAACCAGGACAUGGCCAGGGCCUUCCAGAGUUCCAAACUGAGAUCAUGGUCUUAUCGAAAAUUCGCCAUCGCCAUCUUGUUUCUUUGAUUGGGUAUUGUGACGAAAGGUCUGAAAUGAUACUGGUUUAUGAAUUCAUGGAGAAGGGAACUCUGAGAGACCAUCUCUAUAAUUUAAAUGAAGACUCUAGGCGAUCAUCGUCUUCACGAUCCGAAUUGGAUUGGAAUCAAAGGCUGGAAAUCUGCAUUGGAGCAGCAAAGGGUCUUCAUUACCUUCACACUAGUUCAGAUGGCGGCAUCAUUCACCGUGAUGUCAAGUCAACCAACAUCUUGCUUGAUGAACAUUAUGUGGCUAAAGUUGCUGAUUUUGGUCUGUCAAGAUCAGGUCCCCCUGAUCAAACCUAUAUUAGCACAGAUGUAAAAGGAAGUUUCGGUUAUCUCGAUCCUGAGUACUAUAGGUGCCUGCAAUUAACUCAGAAAUCAGAUGUGUACUCUUUUGGGGUGGUUCUGCUUGAAGUUCUUUGUGCUAGACCAGCCAUUAGUAGGUUUCUUCCACGGGAUCAAGUGAACUUGGCUGAUUGGGGAAUGUCUUUUCAAAAGGAAGGACAGCUCGAAAAAAUUGUUGAUCCUUUCCUUGAGGGCAAAAUUAAUCCCAAUUCACUGAGAAAAUUUGGGGAAAUAGUGGAGAAGUGUUUGAUGGAUUGUGGUGUUGACAGGCCCGGAAUGAUCGAUGUGUUGUGGGAUCUGGAAUAUGCACUGCAGCUCAACCAAACCACAGUUCUAAGAGAACCAUAUGAAGACAGCACUGUAGAUGCUUCAUGGAAGUUGCCAUUACAUGUCGUUAAUCGCUUACCGUCUAAUAGCAUCACCAUGGAUGAAGAUGAAUGGACCCCGGGAAUGAUUGAUGGUUCAGAUACAAAUUUUUCAAAUGCUGGUGAAGUGUUCUCCCAAUUGAAAGUUGAUGAUGCCAGAUAAAUUCAUGCAGGACUAGGUUUGAAUCAUUCUGCAUUUGUUCCAAGCACCAUAUCUAGAGUCAUUGCUUGCUAUAAGGUAUUUGUGGCAAUCAACCUGGUUUUGGAGGUGGAGCUUCUUACGUAAGGUCUGGACUUUAGAGUAGGCUCAAGUAAGGAGUUUACUAUGAAAAUUUUAUUUUCGAAGUUUUAGGAUUUGAACGUUGUAAUUAGGGGGUUUGAUUUAGAGGAAAUAGCUUAUUUGCUUUCAAGAAUAAGGUAACGAACAUUUAACCCUCUCCAAAUCUUGUAAUGACGAGAGUCUCGUGUAUUAAGUACGUUUUUUUUUUUUUUAACUGCAAGGUUAUAUUUACUUGAGUCUAAUUUAGUUAAUUACACUCUUACUCUCCAAACGUGAAGUUCGGGAGUAUCCUGAGGUUCACGUAGUUCUGUUUAUUUUUCCGCAUUCUUUACUUAAC